AGGCGGUGAUAAGCGUUAACCGGAGGCGGAGCCUGGAUACUUGGAAGAGCUGGCAGCGAUGAUUCACGGUGGGGUAACGGUAGAUGAGCGGUGGUGGCCGAGCAGAGCACAUCAUCAUGGGACAUUACAUGUUGUCUCUGCUGCUGACAUGGGUUUGUUUGAUACAGAGCUGUGAGAUGCUGUUGUCUCAUGUGGAGCGGUACGAAGUGGUAAGACCUCAGAGGCUGCAGGAGAGGCGGAGGAGGAGCCUGAGGGACGGCCAGCUUUACCCUGAUACAGUACGGUAUGAGCUGGCCAUUGAAGGGAGGAACCACACCAUUCAUCUGGAAAAAAACAGCAAUCUCAUAGGGAGUGACUACACAGAAACACACUAUUCAGAGGAUGGGGAACGAGUGACAACGUCUCCGACCAUGGAGCACUGCUAUUAUCACGGUCAUAUUGAAGGCAUGACGGACUCCUCAGUCAGUGUGGGGAUCUGUUCUGGUAUUAGUGGUUUUGUGAGAGCCCGGCAGCAGGUUUACCUGAUCGAGCCUCUGGGACAGUCUGAUGACGCUGACCACGCAGUUUACAGACAGGAACAUCUGGUGAUCAGCAGCAGCCCUGGCUGUGGCACCUCAUCCAACACCACCAUGCUGUAUGACAACAAAGACCAGGACCAGGGCCCGCAGCUCGCCGGGCUCUUUAAGUCCAGAUCAUGGAAAACUAAACCUGUCGAAGGUCCACAGAGGUUUGUCGAGCUUGUUGUGGUGGUUGACAAUACUGAGUAUAAACAAUAUGGAAGUGAGACAAAAUCCCGUAUUCUUGGAGUUGUAAAUCACAUCGACAAGCUCUAUCGAGCUCUGAACAUUCGCAUCAUGCUGGUGGGGUUGGAGAUCUGGACGGACAGAGACUACAUUUACGUUGACCUCGAUUCAGAGAAAACUCUGGACAAUUUCCUUGUGUGGCGCCAGGCUGAUCUUCUGAAGAGGAAGAAGCAUGACAAUGCCCAGUUUGUGACAGGAAAAGAUUUCGACACAGAUACAGUUGGACUGGCAAACAAGUUUGCAAUGUGCACCGAAAACUCAGGUGGAGUCAAUCAGGAUCACCAUCAUAACCUGAUAGGCCUUGCCUCCACCAUUGCUCAUGAGAUGGGACAUAACUUUGGCUUGUCCCAUGAUGCUACAGGCUGUAUGUGUGGUCCAUCUUUCAGCAGUGGGGACUGUGUAAUGGCAGAAAAACUCAGCACAGAAGUCAAAGCGUUCCCGGAGUUUUUCAGCAGCUGCAGUGUGGAGCAGCUCGCUGAAUUCAUGGAGCGAGCUCAGCCCAACUGUUUGGAUAAACCCAUCUCCGUUAAGACCUUCGCUGUGGGCCCUCGCUGUGGCAACGCCCUGCUGGACGAUGGCGAGGAGUGUGACUGUGGCACUGUGGAGGAAUGCAAGAACCCUUGUUGUGAUGCCUCAACUUGUCGCCUGACUAUAGGAUCCCAGUGUGCUCAUGGGCAGUGCUGUGACAGCUGUCAGUUCAAACCAGCUGGGAGUGUGUGCAGGAAGUCGGCCAGUGACUGCGACCUGCCUGAAUACUGCACCGGCGUGUCGGAGAACUGUCCCGCAGAUAGCUUUGAGAUGAACGGCAAACCAUGCUACGACCAGGCAGAGGGCUACUGUUACAACGGCCAGUGUCCCACACAUGAGCAGCACUGCUGGAGGCUGUUUGGUCUAGGGGCCAAAGUUGGACCAGAUGUUUGUUUCGACUUGACCAGACGAGGCGAGGAAGGUGCUAACUGUGGGAGGAGCAAAUUCGGCUACACCGCCUGUACUCCACAGAAUUUUAAGUGUGGAUCUAUAUAUUGUGGAGGAGGGGGUGAGUCCAUCACAGGUAAAAGGGCAGCCUACACUGUGUUUGGCAUUGAAUGUAAACUUGCAGUGGAUGACGACAAAACCAGAAACAUGGACAUGGUGCCAAAAGGAGCCAAAUGUGGACCAAAUAAGGUUUGCCUUCAGAACAGAUGUGUGGAUGUUUCAGUUUAUGGGAAAAAGGAGGACUGUGCGAAGAAAUGCAACAAUAACGGGGUGUGUAAUCACAAGAAUGAGUGCCACUGCAACGCUGGCUGGGCUCCGCCUUACUGCGACACCCAGUACGCCGAUUUACCUCAAGGUCAGAACGGGAUAAUAGCUGGUGUGUGUGCAGCUCUCUCUAUCCUGCUGGUGAUCACUGCAGUGAUCGCAGGACUGAUGUGCUGUAAAAAGGAUAACAUGGAUAACUACGCCUCCAAAAGGAAAGUGCACUCGGCUCCAGGCAAGUUGAACCCGAUGUUCCAAGAACCAAGUGUUAAAGAGAGGCCACAGAUUAGUCAGCCCACUUUCAUGGAAUCAACAGCAACACAAGCCUGUGCUCCUCUGAUUGUUACUGUGACUCCCAGCAGACCAGCUCCACAGCCCCCGAAGAAACCGCCUUCACUGUCUACCUCGCAAACUGAGCCAACAAAACCUCAACCUCCAGCUAAGCCUUUACCACCGCUGAAUAAACCACAAUACAAGGCAGCCAGUCAAAAUCCUCCUCCUGUACCUCCAGUCAAGCCCAGUCCUCCUCCAGUGGCUAAAGUCAAGCCUUGUAGUCCUCCACUACCCCCAGUGAAGCCACAAGUCCACAAAUUCACAUGAAAUUCACUUUAAAGGCAUCAGGUUUAACCAAAGCAGAAGACACCAGCCUGUAGUCGUACAUAUAGAAAGAGAGCAAUCCUGCUUGGAAUCAGAGGAGUGAAUCACCAAAGCCACAGAGCUUGGAAAAGUUUACUCUUCAAAGCCCUUAAAGAUGUCAAGCGUGACCAAGCCUUCGCCAACUGAGAAUGUCUUUGAUGACACGAGACCAACAGCUUCACAGCUGCUGUGGAAAAAUGACUUGACUUGCAAUUAACUGCUGCUGCAGUUGGAAUUGUUGUGUGUUUGUAAAAAAAGUUUUUUCUAACUUUCUUUGUAACUAGUAUUAAGUUGUCUCUUUACACUAAUGUGAGUGAAAUUGAGCCUCACAUUAGUGUCUUCUCAGUCGUCCAGGUCAUGGGAUUUCUAAGAGCUGUACAGAGGCAACUGGACUUUGUUAAGGUUCUUAUCUACCACUUAGAAAUACUUUAAAAUAUUUAUUUAAUGUUUGCAAAAGGGACUGUGUGAGAAUUACUAGUGGCGGGAGGGUUAUAUAUUCCUUUCACUGAGGGGAGGGUGAAUUUUUAGAGCAUGGGUCUUUCACAUCUUACUCACCCCAGAUGUAUUAUUUGUUUCCUCUUUCUCCUGAACUAAAGAGCUUCAGCCUAAUCCUGUCUGAAACAGCAAAGAUUACAACUACAAAGUUGGAAAAACGACUUCAGAAGUGAACGUUGGCUGCCACACUUGUACAACUGAUACAACUAAAUGGGAGCAGUAGUUUUUUCAAAUUAAUCACUGUUUGAGUUUUUUAAAUCACAAAGGUUUUAAAUGUCAUAAAAUCAGUAGUGGAGCAGAUUUAAAAAAUAGAAAUAACGACAAAAUAAAAACUGAAGGAGAGAUUGUACUGAGUUACUGAACACCGGCUAGCUCGGACCUCGAAACUUGUUUCUGCUGCCCCCAAGUGGCCAAAAGAAAAAAAAGUUUCACGUUUUUAUGAUUACAUGAGUUGUAAAUUCAAUAGUUACAUCAUUUUGAUAUAAUAUAUGGAAGGGUUUUGCAGUUUUUUCUUAGUCAAGGGUUAAGAUCUGUGUAAAAUGUUUAAUAAACCUGGGGAGGACCUCAGCUGCCUCAGUGAUUUUCACACAAUCCCUACACUGUCCAAAGCCAGUCUGCGCCUUCUUUAAGGAAUUUUUUUUGUAUCUCUUUGCACUGUACUUGAAAACCUACUAAUGGUACACACAGUAUGGGAGGCUUUACACAGCUCAGAUGAACUGUGUGUGUUGCUGUGGUUCAGCUUAAAAUAUUUACAUGCUCUUUUGUUUGUUUUCAGUCCCAAGUGGACUGUAUGACCGAGCCACGAGGAGCAAUUAACUUGUUUUUUGUUUUUACUGCACUGAUAUUUUUCUAUGGCAACGGUCAUGGGGUUUAUACCUUGUAGGUUAAUUGUAAAUUAGUGGUUUAUCACUGAUUAAUCUGAAAAUACAAAAUACUGGUUGGCCUGAUCACAAUUGAGUCACAUACAAGCAUUUGAAUGUAAAAACUUCUCAUGAAAGGCCUUUUGUUGCAAUGAAUAAAAUGCACUUUAUUGCAGAAGUAUGAUGAGAUGAUCAUGUUGCAUCAGCAGAUUACACAAUUUGUCAUUGUGAAGCAAAACAUGACAGAGAAAUUCUUAUCUGCUGUGUUUUGCAGAAGUUCAUUAUGUGAGUUGCAUAAUGAUUAAAAUGUUUUUUUCUGUA